AGUGAGGGGCGGCCCGAUCCCGCCCCAGCCUGCCCAGCACGGCGCCCCGCUCCGCACAGCGGGCCCGGCCCGGCCUUUGGGGCCUUGCCCGGGGCGGCACCUCCGUGGGCCAGGCCCGGCCCGGCCGCGCCUGCUCGGUGCUGCGGCGGCCAUGGCGGGGCUGGAGCCGCUCUACGCCUGGGCGCGAGCAGCCAUCUCCCGCCCGCAGGACGCGCUGAUCUGCGGCGUCCACUGGGAGCUGGUCCGGCACGGCUACCGCUGCCUCGGCGCUGGCGACCAGCCAGGUCCUGAUGAAAGGAAGUCGGAGCUGCUGCCCACCGGCUGGGAAGCCAACAAGGAGGUGUAUACGCUGCGCUACAAGUCCACAGACGAUGCCCAUGAGCUGCUGCUGAAGGCCAUCAUGGUGGAAGACAGUAUGAUCCUCAACGUCAUGGAUCGCAGUUCUCAGAAGGUGGCAGAUGUGACCUUGGCGGUGGCCGACUAUAUCAACCCAGAGCACCUGGACAAUUUCCACAUGGUGUACAAGAACACUGAGGAGCUGAGGACAAGGAUUGCUUCAGGCAUCAUUGCUCCACUCGGUGGCCCCACAGAAAAGGCCAAAAAGGAGCCCGAGGCUGAGAAGAAGGAUGCUGACUUGCCCCGGGAUUACGACCCCCUCAGGGUCCCUCCCCGGCAGCCAGCAGGCACAAGAGCACCAUCCUGGCCUUCCCCCUUGAGUCCCUUCGCUGUUGGUGGGGAAGACCUGGACCCGUUUGGAGGUCGGAGUGGGGGAAUGAUCGUGGAUCCUCUCCGGUCUGGCUUCCCACAGCCCGGCAUUGACCCAUCGUCGGGUAUCCCAGGCCGGCUUCCCCCAGGAGCAGUUCCACCAGGCGCCAGAUUCGACCCCUUUGGCCCAUUAGGGGCUGGCAGACCUGGGCCAGAUCCUGACCACCUUCCCCCUCCAGGCUAUGAUGACAUGUUCAUGUGAGGAGUCACCACAUGGCUUCUCACGGCUGAGGCCAGAGCAGUCUCCUGGGAAGGAGGGGCGCUUUCCCCUCUUCACACCCCAUUCGGUGGACUUCGAUCUUUUCAGCAGUGUUUUUUUUCUCCUCGCUCGGGGCCACCUUCCUGUGUCAGACCAGCUAUAAAGGUUUCCCUGUGUGCAGAACAGAAGAGGAGGCAGUAGGUCCGUUUCUUUCCGUGCUCCUCUGAGGGUGCCUGGCCAUUUGGACCCAGCUGAAGUGGUCCUGUCCGGGGUGCGUCCUGGUGCUCCAAGAAAAGCCCAGGUGCCGUGGGGUUUCCUCUGCUUCUCUGGGGUGGCACCGCUUUCACUGCUGGGGUUACACAAGCGGUCGAUGCUGAGGAGGGAGCUGGCUUCUUGCCACUCCUGUGCUGGGGAGCUGCAAUAGCCUGGCCGAAGGCGGCAGCCGGAGCAGGCUCCCCAUGGAGAGAUGCUCUUGCUCUUUAUCCAAGUGAAGGGUUGAUCAACGUGAAGGGCUAGAAGGCCCAUCCCACGGGGUGUCCAUGGGCGGACCCCCCGGCAGUGGUUGAGAUGGGCUUCCGCAUGGCCGUGCCCACUGGCUUCCAAGAGCACUAACAGCAAUGCCUUUUAGCGUGCAUGAGAAGAGAAAUAUAUUGAAUUCCUGGCCUCACCUUGCCCCCUCUCUUCCCCACAGCUGUUGUCCUUCAUUCCUGGGGUACACGUGAAGCGCCACAGGCAGCAUGGCGAAGGCUGCCCACUGGGCACCACGCGGGGCUGGGGUAGGAGGGACGGUGCUCCUCCUGGACCUCCUGGACCAGCCAAGUCUAGCGUUGGCUCUCCAGGCACGACGGAGCUGAGUCCAGCACUGAACUGGGAGCCUUCUGGAGAUGUGCAUGGGGGGCUUGCUCGGGUGUGGGAUUUGCUUUGCAGAAGGGGUUUAUAGGAACAUGUUUCCCUACCGUCAGUCCUCUUGCACAAGGCUGGUGUGGCUCUGCCUGGCUGAACGCUGCCAAACGGCUCGGGGAGGACGCGUGAGGUCUGUGUGGCUCAGCCUCCGGAGCUUUCUGGAAACCCCUUCCCUUCCCCGCAGCUCCCCCCACGUCAGUUAAUUUUUGGGCUGUCCUCUCAGGGGUUCAUACUAUUUUUUCUUCUCAUGGUUUGAUUUCUUGGAAGGACGUUCAUGAGAUUGAAAUAAAAACCUGACAACA